AUGGCGCCCACCACCUCAGCCUCCUCCCUGCCGUCGCGCCGACUGUCCGCCCACACCAUCGCCGCUACCGCGCCAAUAAAGGACGACGAUCAUGCUCUCUCGCAGUCCCUCAGUCAGCUGUCACUGCUGUCCUCGGGCGACCAAAAGAACGGGUCGCGCCGCCUGUCCGAGGCGCUGCAGCGGCCGUCGUCGUCGCGACGCACGUCUGUCUCGCCCGGCCACCGCAUGCCCUCACGAAGCCCGUCCGGGCGCGACUCGCGACCGACCACGCCGCCUCUACUGCGCAAGGCCUCCAUGAACUCGCUACACUCCGCCAACGGCCACGGACCCGGCCGCGUGCCCUCGCGUCGCUCCAGCAUGACGCAGGCCAUGGGGUCGCCCAAGGUCACCCGGUCGCCGUCCGUCGGUAGCCUCAAGGCCGAGGAGCACAGGCCGCCGCUGACAGCCGCGUCCGUCGCCGCAGAUUACUUUCGCUCCGAGAUGCAGAUACACCACGGCCCGGACGCGACGCUGCCCUCCGAGACCGUUGUCAUCCUGCACGACGCCGUCUACGGCCACCGCUUCUCCCGACCGAGAACCUCGCGCAAUGCGCUGAGCACCAUUGUCGAACGACCCGAGCGAGUCAAGGCCGCCGUCCUGGGCGUCUCGCUAGCAUACGUACGGCUUGGCGACCGACACGACGAGGGAGCACACCCGGUCCAUCCCAGGGCCAAGAUUCACGAAAUCCCCAAGAUCCCGUUUCGCAUUCGGAAAUCGACGCGAAGCGUGCCCUUGACGUCGGCGGCAGUUACCAACAUCCACGGCUUGAAAUGGAUGGAGGAACUCAAGAUCAUGUGCGACACGGCCGAGUCCAAGCUGGCAUUGGGUGGUAGGGAACUCCAGAGACCCGAGAACACGGACCGAGACGAGCCCGCGCAGCCGCUGCACGAAGGAGACCUAUACCUAUGCGCCGAGUCACGAGACGCCAUGGAAGGCGCUCUCGGUGCCGUCUGCGACGGUGUAGAUGCCGUCUUCAACCCGGCCCCUGCUGCCCCGCGACGCGCGUUUGUGGCAGUCCGACCACCUGGCCAUCAUUGCGCCGCGGCGCACCCCUCGGGCUUCUGCUGGGUGAACAACGUGCUGGUGGGCAUCAUGCACGGUGCCCUCACGCACGGGCUGACGCACGCCGCCAUCAUCGACUUUGACCUGCACCACGGCGACGGAUCGCAGGCCAUUGUCUGGCAGCACAACGCGCGCGCUAACGCCGCCACCAAGAAUUUUGCGCCGUGGAAGAAGACCUCAAUCGGCUACUUUAGCCUGCACGACAUCAACUCGUACCCCUGCGAGAUGGGCGACGAGGACAAGGUCAAGAACGCGUCCCUCUGCAUCGACAACGCCCACGGACAGAGCGUCUGGAACGUCCACCUGCAGUCGUGGAAGACGGAGAAGGAGUUUUGGGCCAUCUACGAGUCCAAGUACGCGGUCAUCCUGGAGAAGACGCGCGCCUACCUCGGUGAGCAGGCGAGGAGGCUGAGGGCCGAGGGCAAGGAACCCAGGGCAGCCAUCUUCUUUUCGGCUGGCUUCGACGCCAGCGAGUGGGAGAGCGCGGGUAUGCAGAGACAUCAAGUCAACGUUCCCACGGAAUUCUACGCCCGACUCAGCCAAGACGUUGUCAGGAUUGCUAACGAGCAAGGCCUCCACGUCGGCGGCCGCGUCAUCAGCGUUUUGGAAGGAGGCUACAGCGACAGAGCUUUGUUUUCUGGUGUAUUUAGUCAUCUGAGUGGCCUGGUCGGCGAUCAGUCGACAGCAUCACAAACGUCAGAUACAGGCCGUGGCCUGGGUUACGAAAUGGGCCAAAAGCUGGGCACCAUUGCCGAGCCUGGGCCGGACCCCGUUGACUUGCAGCAGCCAGCCGGCCCUUCACUGCACCAAUACGACCCCAGCUGGUGGUCCAGCCAGCACCUGGACUCUCUCGAGACCCUCGUCGCGCACCCCUCGUCGCCUCCCCGGAAGCCGCGAACCGGCACGCCGCCAACGUACUUCUCGCCCACGCAGGCGUCCUCGGCCAAGGUCAUGGACCCCGUCAAGGUGCGGCGCAGCCUAUCUGGGCUGUCGUCGACGAUCCAGCGGCCGCGCGCCGCGUCGCCGGUCGCGCCGGACGUGCCGUGGACGGUCGCCGCACACGAGCUCAGCAAGAUUCUGAUCCCCGGAGACCGCCAGGUCGACAGCUGCCGCGCCGAGGACCUCAACGCGGAGGCGACGCGCGCCCGCCGCGACAAGCAGUCGAUCCUACUAGGCAUCCCGAUCCCUCCGCCGACGCCCGCGCCGCAAUCGCGGCCGACGUCGCGCAUGGCGCUACGCGAGCGCAAGGCCAGGACGGCUGGCGAGGAGGCGGCCAAGUCGUCGCCGAGCAAGCGGUCCACGUCCCGCGGCGCCAGGGCCAAGUCGACCGAGGCCGAGCAGGCGGCGGCAGCGGCCCGGGGUCACCAGCGCAGACGCUCGCGACGCCUGAGCGAGUCGACGGUGUCGCAGAGCCCCGGCAAGGAGGACCCCGCCGUCCCGGUGCCGCCGCUGCCUGCCGAGUAUGAGCAGCAUAGCCGGCCGCCGACGUCGGGCAGCAGCAGCCGCGCCGGCUCUAGCAUGAGCGGCCCGGUGGUGGCGCACGACCUGGCCGCGCGAAACCCGCAACCGCCGCCAGCAUCGUCCGGCCUCAACAUAAAGAAGACCCGACAGAGAGGAGCCGGCGCGGCGACGACGCCCAAGGAGCCGACGCCAAAGACACCACGUACCACGGCGCGCGCCCGCGCGGCGACGCCGUCGACUAAGGCCAAGACGGUGGCCGCGAAGCCGAUACAGAGGAGUCAGCCGCCCGUCGCGGCGCCUGCAUCGGAACCGCCCGUGCCUCCGGUGGAUAAGAUUACCACGGGCAUGAGGAAGAUCAAGAUCAACCUGAUUACGCAAUCACAAAAGGCGGCCAACGCUCUGAAGAAGGACACUGUUGCGGCCCAGUCAUCUGCGCCGCCGCCUCCGCUGGCGUAUAGUCACGAGCCGGGCGUGACGCUUACAACGACUCCGCCUGUUGUCGAGACGUGUCCGCAGCUCGCACCGUCGUCCGACACGGACUUUUUGAGCCGCAGCACCGGCUCCGGUCUCUCGACGCCCCUGGACGAGCAGUCCUCCAUCAUCGACUCGCCGUCCCCUCUUGAGAGGCGGACGCCGCCUGCGCCGACGACCCCUGCGCCCGCCGCCGCCGAGUCGGUUGCGGCGGACGGCCUGUUCAUCAGCUACCAGCCGGAGGGCCCGACGCCCGUGGCGGUGAAGCGCGAGGACUCGCUCAAGUGGCUGGAGCCCAACGUCGCGGCGACGCCCUCGCCGGGCAUGCCGAGCCUGGUCAAGAAGAAGCAGGGCGGUGUGUCGCAGCUGUUUCAGUACACGGCGGCGGGGAUUCCGUUUGCGCCGCGGCCGGGUAGCGGUGGUGGUGCUGCGGGAGAGCAGGGAAAGAUGAAGGAGGAGGAGGAGGCCAAGUCAAAGGCGAUGUGGGAGGUUCCGGAGACGCCACACAGGAUAUAG